AUGGUGGACUUGACUGAUAACACGUGCACUUGUACAAGAUUUCAGUUGGAGAGUUUUUCAUGUGAGCAUACAGUUGCGGUGGCCAUGUAUCGAGGCUUUACAGCGAGAAAGUUAUGCUCUUUGUAUUAUACGACUGAGUCUUGGAGAACAGCAUAUGCGGAGACUGUAUUUCAUCUGUCGAAUGAAACAGACUGGGAAAUUCCAGAGCACAUUCUCCCGUUUAAUGAUUUGCUGCCACCAGCAAUUGAACCACGUGGUCCUAGACGUCCAAAUACAUCUAGAAUACCAUCUACCAGAGAGUUUCUUCAACCGCGUAGGUGUGGCAGGUGCAGAGCCAUAGGACAUACUCGACAAUUGUGUACCAGUCAAAUUCCCCUAAAUGACAAUUAG